GCGUGAAGAUUUGGUGCAAUCGCUCCGGUUUUUGCCACGCGGAUGGCAUGACUUGCGCUCGCGCAGCUCUUAGGUCUCGCGAUGCUGCGAGGCACCGUGAGGGCGCUGCUUGUGCUGCUGACGGUAGCUGCGCCCGCGCAGUUCAAGAGGACUGUGGACAGGAAGGCGCGUGUCUUCGAAUACCCCGACAUUCAGGCCGCCGCAGACCUGCCGCAGCUGACUCUGAUACUGGAUCGGUCCGGGAGCUACUGGAAGGAUGUGCUGAACAUGACCCGGCAGUUGGCUGACGAUCUGGCAGCCGAGCAGCUGGCAGUGGUCCUGCUGCCGGCGGACUUCCAGAGCGCGCUGAAGUUCUUUAAGGUGAAACCUGGAGACCUGCCCAUGGCCCUGGUGGUGAAGUGGCUCAGCGGCCUCGGGGAGCGGCCCUACCAGCUCUUCCUCCACGCCCAAGGCGACCCGAAGCAGCUUGGCCUCACGGAGCUGCGAAGCUUCGCCAAGCGCUUCCUGGCAGGUGAGAUUCCGCCGUGGCUGCGAUCUGCCCCCGUGGUGGAGGAGCCUGAGCAGCACGACCCCAAAACCGGCGCCUUGGAGAUCGUGGGCUCCCAGUUUCAGCAGCUGGCUUUAGACGACAGCAAGGACGUCUUGGUCAUGUUCUUCGCUCCCUGGUGCGGCUUUUCCAAGCGCAUGCAGCCGCAUGUGGAUGAGCUGGCGCGGCGGACGCGGCAUUUGUCUACCUUCACCGUGCUGAAGAUUGACGAGACGCGCAAUGAUGUGAGCCACCCGGUGAUGGCGCGGCUGAAGGGCUAUCCCUUCUUGGCCUUCUUCCCCGCGGGCAAGAAGGACGCCGCGCAGCAAGUCAGGGUGGAUGGGAAGCUGCUGGGUGAUGCGGAAGCCUGGAUCGAGCAAGCGGUGCAGAAGUUGCAGCUGCUGAGCAGCCAGCCCAUCGAUGCCAAAGUGAGCACCGCCGGAGCCGCAGAGUCGGGGCUGCUGAGUGAUGCGGAGGAGCGGCUGGAGGAGUUCUGAUUCGGAGAGAGCGGCUUCCAGCUUGGGCCGUCGACAAGUUGGGUCGGCCAUUGUGGCAAGCGGCAAAAAGGUGGUUGCG